GGCACGAUCGUCAGAUCGGAGCCGUCCUUUUUUCGAACGGGAUAAAGCAAUCGAACGAGAGGGAGUGGCGCCAUAUCCUUCUGUGCUCUCAGCUGGAAGGAAGUGAAGUGAAGGGAAGGAUGUUCUCCCCGUCCUUCGUACGCGCCACAGGACGGAAUUCUGUUGCUACAGGGUGCCUGAGAGUAAAUGAGUACUGUGGAUUACUUGCAUUUGUAGAGCUCUAGGGUGAUAAAAAAAAUGUGUUGUUUAGUUCAUAUUUUUAAUGAGCAAUUCCAUCAUUUUCUGUGGAAAAUUUAUUCUUGCUCAUCAAAUUGAGUAUCGAAGGUACUGUUUGAGCCCAGUAGCUUCAACACUUUCAUUUAGGAACAGCAGAAGAAGGCGGUUUGGUGGAAUGAUCCGGAGUGCGAAGAAUGGAAAGCCAGACAAAAGAACUUGGUGGCAGAAGUUUUUCCUUGACAACGAUGACUGGUUUGGUCUGAAGGAUGAUAUAUUGGAUGAUAAGGAGGAAUCUGAUGGUGGCAUUGAGGAAGAACUGUCCGAAGAUAACAAGUUCAGGGCUUGGACAACGCGUGCAGAGGUGAUAAUGGAACUGCGUGAGGCACAAGAGGAUAUGUUGAAUGCAGAAGGUAGGGAGUGGGAAGACUGGCUUCAAGAUGACUCUGGAAAUGCCACUACCUCGAAAAAGGGUCAAGGUUGGGAGGAUGGGUUGGAUGCGGAUGGGGCUGAUGCCUCUUCACUCCCAAGUAGAUUAUCCCCACAAAAAGAUGUGGUUGGAUCUGUUAGAGAAUUGCUUCUUGGAAAGGAUGUAGAAGAUGAGAUACUUUAUGAAGACAGAGUCUUCCGUUAUGCAUCAGGGGCUUCGGCAAAAUUUUUGGCAAUUUUGGUGAUCAUUCCAUGGGCUUUAGAUUUUGUGGUCCAUGACUACAUUCUUAUGCCAUUUUUGGAUAGAUAUGUGAAGACUGUGCCAUUAGCUGCUGAAUUGCUUGAUGUGAGAAAAUCUCAAAAACUUGAGAUGAUAAAGACUCUAAAGGUUGAGAAAGCAAGAUACCGUUUUGAAUCAGAGAUUGGUAAAUCUCCUACUUUGUCUGAUGAUGAGCUUUGGUGGGAAUUGCGGCAUAAAGCAUUAGAAUUGAGAGAUGAAUACAGGAUAGAGAAUCGCAAAGCCUGUGCUAAUAUUUGGUCUGAUAUGGUAUUUGGACUUGGAAUAUUCUUCAUUCUUUAUUUUAAUCAGAGCAAGGUGACUUUGUUGAAAUUCACAGGAUAUAAAAUAUUAAGGAAUAUAUCAGAUACUGGCAAGGCUUUCCUUAUUAUUCUGAUUACCGACAUUUUCUUAGGGUAUCAUUCAGAAUCAGGUUGGCAGACACUCAUAGAGAUUAUUUUUGAACAUUAUGGACUUGAAGUUGAUCAGGCUGCUAUAACUAUUUUUGUUUCGUUUGUUCCUGUCGUAAUAGAUGCUUGUGUGAAAUUAUGGCUAUUCAAAUUCCUUCCAAGGUUCUCUCCUAAUGUGGCAAAUAUAUUCCGUGAAAUGAAGCGGCAUUAGCAGGACUACAGUUCAAUCCUUUUUCUUUUGAUAAGGAAGGAUACAUAUUUUGUCAGAGAAUAAAAUGUAUCAGGGUGUGGCCAGAUCAUCUCUCUACCUUUUACAGGUUCGAAUGAUUCCUUUCACUAAUAUAGAGAACAACAGGGUAUAUGACAUUAUGCCCUCUCCCCUCAUUCAUGCAGAGACACUAAGAGAGGUGAAAAGAGGAAAGGUGAACUUUGUGAUUCUUCAAUACCCUUUCUGAAACUAAACACCUUUAAGACUUGGGAAUGUUAAUCAAAACUGACCCUCUGACUACCAACCAUAGCUGUAAUUCUUCAUGGUGAUUUCUCAACCUGUGACCAAAAAGAAUCAUGUGAGUCUUAGAUUUGUAUACUAUACAGUUUCUAGAGUAUAAGCGUACACAACCGUGACUCCGUGAGUCAACUAAUCAACACAAUCCGCACUCUCCAUUGGCUAACAAAGUGACACGUGAAGAGUAAUUUAAGAAAAUGUGGCAGCUUUCUUUUCGUGGUUGCAGUUAUCUAACUUUUCCUUUCAAGUUUCAUAACCGCCUGAUCAAACAAUAUCAAGCUACUGUAUGCUAAUGCUCAUAGGUUUUGGUGGAUCCACGCACUCACACAAGCACAUGUAUCAUACCUUUUGGUACUAUGUUAUGUCUCCAGAAAUUUGGUACUUACAACACAAGGUUUGUUAUGUCUCCAGAAAUUCUGUAGAUUGCCUUGCACUUAAGUUCUCUAAGCAGCAAAAUAACAUUGGGUACAUUCAGUCAUGCAUUUCUGAGGAAGGAUUUUUCCUUACCAGUUAAUCUCUGUCGUGCCACCCAAUUCAGAUAUCCAGCUCCGUUAUCUUUGUAUGUAUUUAUAAAUAAAAUGCUAUUGGCAAAAAGAUCAUUUUUGUCGCUUCAUGUGUCAUGUUGCCAUCGACAUUGUACAAUCGAUUGAUCUGUCCAAAAAUAAUCACUAGCAGCAAUAAAGUCUCCAGGGCCACAGGCUGCCAUUGCAUC